AUGGCAACUUCAGGAUGGCGUCCUGGGAAGCGAAUUGCCAUCGUUGGAGGAGGGCCUGGCUCAAUCUCAACAGGCCUAGCUUUCAUCAAGCGAGGCUACGACGUGCGUAUCUUUGAGCGACAGCCAGAAUGCAAAGCCAUCGGAGGCGCAGUCUUACUAUCGACUCCUGUCUUAGCUAUUCUUCGUUCCUACGGCUUGGACUUGGAAAAUGUUGGCUCCUACACAGUAACCUAUUUCAAGAAUAAGUCAGGCGCAGAACGUGUCAAGUUACCCUUCAACGCAGAGGUUGAGAGACGCAUGGGCAUUAAAGGAUGGCACUACGGCGUACUCCGCUCUUCGAUUUUCAAAAAGAUGCUGGAUCUUGUACCUGAGGGUGUCAUUCAUGCAGACCAUGAGUUUACUUCCUAUGUCGAGCAUGAAGAUGGCCUUGAACUCUCCUUCAGCAAUGGCCAUCGGGUCACGGCUGAUAUCGUCGUCGGUGCAGAUGGAAUCCGCUCAAAGGUGUCUCAACAAGCGUUCGGUGACCCCAAACUAUUCCACACUGGUAUCCGGCUUUGGCUUGCCUGGUGCGAUCAUAUCCCCGGGAUUCCCCCAAACUACGGUGUUAUCUCGCACGACUCCCAGCACCAGGCCAGCUUUUUCCCAAUGCUUCACGACGGCAAGCCUGGAUUCGAGUGGUGGGUGGUUGAGCCAUCGUGGGAUGGAAAACCUGUCCCAGAAGAUCCCAAAGCACACCUCACCGCGAUCCUCAAGGAUUGGCAACAGCCGAUGCCUCGUUUCCUAGAAGCCACGGACUUCGAAACACAAGUUUAUCGAUGGGAGAUCUUCAAUCGACCAUCGAUGAAGAAAUGGUCUACUGGCCGGGUUGUGUGUGUCGGCGAUGCCGUGCACCCGGUAUCACCCUAUGCAGCAUAUGGUAUGGGAAUGGCAAUUGAGGAUGGUUACUUUCUUGCCCGAGCUCUGGAAGGGGUCGAUCUACGUGACCUGCGUGCAGUCAACGCCGGGUUCAAGCUCUACGAGGAUGAACGAGUCAACUACGUGAAUCACAAUAUGGAAUUUGCACGGUUCCUGGGCAGGAUGUUCCAUUCUGUUCCUCGACCCUUUGCCAAUCUUCGUGACAUGCUUUUUGACUACACUCCCUUGCUGAGCAAUUUCCUCAAAACUGGGUAUCUAAAGAAAGCGGAAGAGGAGACACUUCGCCUGAAGGAGCUUCAAGUGAUCUAA